AGCGUCUGCAGCACUUGACAGAAGCGGCAAGUGAAGAGUUACUCGUGAUCGUUCUUUCUCCCUCUCUCUCUUUGUGUAAUAUUAUUAGGAAAUUAUUAUUGCAAAAUGUCUUCUCUCACGAAACCGAAGUCUGAGAUGACGCCGGAGGAGUUAGCGAAGAGAGAAGAAGAGGAAUUCAACACCGGGCCUCUCUCAGUUCUCACGCAGUCCGUGAAGAACAACACACAGGUCCUGAUCAAUUGCAGGAACAACAAGAAGCUCUUGGGACGUGUCAAGGCAUUUGACAGGCACUGCAAUAUGGUAUUGGAAAAUGUAAAAGAGAUGUGGACAGAACUUCCACGCACGGGAAAAGGCAAAAAAAAGGCAAAACCAGUAAACAAAGACAGAUUUAUCCCAAAGAUGUUCCUGCGUGGGGAUUCCGUCAUCCUGGUCUUAAGGAAUCCACUAGCGACUGCGGCAGGAAAGUAAUCACUUAAGGCUCUUCUAUAUCGAAUAAAUUAAGGAUAACUUUAAAGCGCUAUGAGACUAAGGUUAUAUUGAUAAUUAACGCUAUGCUUGAAAUAAAGAUUUUAAGUACAA